GAGGCCUAUAUUCAGUUUAGACUACGGUAAGAACAAGGCCAUCUGCUCCCUGUAAGUUUCAGUUUCGUUUAAAACUCAAACACGCCUUUUCUAAGAACAAUGUUAGCACUGGAAGUCUCGUCUCACUGGCUUUUGUGCAGGAGCUUAUUUCUGAAAAACUGAAAGCAAAACAGAGGAGCAGGAAGAGCGCAAUAAAGACGUAAGGCAGGUCCAUGAAUUCGUAUUUUAACAUUUAGAGUAGCUGAUCUCAGGUUAUCUGCGGCUACCCGGCUACAUUUCUCUCUGUGUUGUGCUGAAUGUUGAGGGCUCUAUGGCUGGCAUGGUGUAUUUCUCAGGCUGGCGGUCGUCAAGGGACAGCAAAAGCCUGUCGGAGGGUCAGGAGCCCAAAUCUGGCCGGGUUUACACCAUGUACCACGGCACACACAUCAACAACGCCAGAGCCAUCAUCACCAGCGGCUUCAAGCCGUCCACGGGCGGCCUUCUGGGCAAAGGCGUGUACGUGAGCCGCAACAUCGAUAAGGCCAAGUGUUACCCGCUCAGAACCGACAAGAGGGAGCAGGUGGUCUUCAAAAUGAAGGUGAACGUGGGCAAAGUGAAGAAGAUAGACUGCGACAACCAUCCGCUUCAAAAGUCCUGGCACCAGAACGGCUACGACUGUGCGUGGAUCCCGCCUCACAGCAACGUGACGGCCAUCAAGUCCGGCCGGGAGGAGGACUGCGUGUGGGACCCCAGCCGGAUCACCGUGGUAGACGUAGCCGUCUGCAUGGACGGCAACCAGCGGCGGGAGCUGCGCUCACUUCUCCGCCAGCAGGUGCGCGAGGCUGGCUGCGGACUGUGCGGCGUGGACACGGAUGAACCUCACGACGUCCAAGACUGCUGGCAGUGCGGCAGCAGGAUAUGCCCCUUUGAGAGAGAGCAUGUAUGUGUGUCCUCAUCAUAGAGGGACUGGGAUUAGCAUCCUGUUAAAAAAUGAAGUUUAGUGUGGAUUCAGGUCUUGUCAUAUCCUACAUUUACUUGUACUUUAUUUUUUCCCCCUGAGGUUCACUUGUGACACUUUCUAUAGUUAUGGUUUUAUGCUUAUGUAUUACAAAUGGUCAUGUAAUGUCUGUUUCAAAGUCUGUUUAUGCUUUAGAAUUAAGCAGGCUGUUUUUGUUACUGUACUUUAAAGAGCCCAUAUCAUGGUAAACUGUAUUUUCUUUAAAUAAUGCAGUUUGAUGUAGUAUGUAAAUGUUGAGUGUGUAUGUGAUCUGAAAAAUGCAGAAAAUGAGAUUUUUCAGUAAUCCGUUUAAAGCUGCGGCUUAUAUUUCUAAAAACGUCGACUCACUUUGGGUAAAACUUGAACAUACAUCAUCUAGAAGAGAAAGACUAUUUAAAUUCUUCAUUUCAUCAGGUAUGUAUUUGGUAUCAGCGUUGUUCUAAAAAUGUUUCUCACAGGUGCUGUGUUACAUGCUGCAUGCUGUUUCCAGUGCAGCGCUCUGUUUACGGACAUUCACGGACUGAGAAAAAUGAAAGAAAUCAGAGUAAGGGUAUAUGUGCUCUGAAAAACCCAAUAACUGAGCUAAAAUCCAGCUCUGUUUAUCUGAGUUCUUAAUUGGAUUUGUAGGCAUUAAUCCAAUCUAAGAAACUAGAGUAUGCUGUUUACAUGACAACUUGAAUGAUCAGAUAACUGCUGAAAUCGGAUAUUGAUCAGAUUAUUAAAUGUAUGUAAAAGCACAAAGCUUCAGAAUGUAUCAUUCCCAGUCUGUACAGUCUAUAUAUUGGAACUAAGCUGCCAAAACAGCACAUUAUGAAUUCAUUGCUCUUGUGUCAUGAACAUCACCACAUUUACAUGUAUCUGCCUAUUCAACCAGCAGUAUCAAGUUAAAAGGAGUGUUUCAACACAGCCUGCUUUUUGAAUGAAGCACAGUAU